AAAAAAAAAAAGUGAAAAUGAAAAGGCUAUAAUGGGGUUUGUGCUGCUGUUUUGUCUUGAAAUUCCAAACUACCAUUCCAAUUUCCUCCUACUGCUCCCUCCUUUCCCCACCAUGUAGUAGAAGUACCCUCUCUCGCGCUCUCCCUCUCCUUGAUUCUCCCACACAGUGAGUGAGGACAUUCUCUUCUUGGACCUCACGUUUUCUGAACUGUGUGAGUGUCUUGUUUCUGCAACAGUGUUCCAAUCUCAAGUUCAAGAACUUGCCCGUCUGUCUAGCUUCUUGAGUCACAAGCUGUUUCUGUCUAUCAAGAAGCACUGUGCUCUCAGUCUUCUUCACUCUUUCUACCUGCCUGCCUGCUCUUCUGUGUGGAGAAUCCCAAUCCAAGAACUGAACUUUCUUCACUGUCUCCCACAACAAUACCUCAAGGUUAAUGCUUUGUUUCUUGUUCUCUCUACAAUUUCAAGCCUUCCCUCUCCCUCUCUCAUUGGCCCACGACCCCCACCACAUUAACUUCGUUUCUUUCUUAAUCUUGCUACUUCUCUGGUUUUAGAGAGAGAGAGAGAGAGAGAGAGACAUAACAUCGUGUGUGUCUAAGUGCGUCUUUACUUUAUGUUUAAUUACCUUCAAAAACAUACAUUGAUGGCCACUACUACUAGUGCUAGUGUUACAGUAAAUAUUAUCCUCCUCCACCUCCUCCUCCAUCUUCACUUCACUACCACAACCUCCACCACUCACCACCGACACCUCCUCCACCAACCCUUUAUCCCAUUAACCCCCUCCAUUACACCAACACAGCCUCCCUCCUCGUCUCCUCAACCCCAACCCAAAUAUCCUUUCACCGCCACCCCCAGCAACAACAACAACAGCAACCACAGUAACCCACAAAAGCCCUUCUUCCCUACCCUCCCUUCACCUCCACCACCUCCUCCUUCCGCUCCCACCCUAUCAACUUUCCCUGCUAACAUCUCCUCCCUCCUUCUCCCCCACCAAUCCUCCUCUCCUCACCACAACCUCAUUAUUGCAAUUUCCAUCUCCCUCUCCCUCCUUUUUGCUGCCCUCUUAGCCUUAUUUUCAGCCUUCUUCAUCUAUUCUCGCAGAAAAACCCAGCCUUUUAGCCCUCAAAAGGGUUCAAGAUCAGAAAAUCUCCGCCUUUAUCCUCAGAACACUAUCCCUUCAGAUGGUUCUCCUAAACCUCCGAAGCUCCCACACCGUCCUGGUGUUGUAAGCACAAGCUCAGAGUUCCUUUACUUGGGCACAUUAGUGAACUCUCGAGCUGGCAUUGAUGAUCCAGACAAGCUAACUUCAUCCAACAAUACUGGUCUUAAGAUUGGUGUUUCCUCGUCAUCUUCUUCACAGUAUCAAAAACUUGGGUCUCCUGAGCUGAGACCGUUGCCUCCAUUGCCUAGACAUAAUUACACACCAACUUAUAGAAGUGGUGAAGUUCUUGUUAGUUCUAGUAAAGAAGAAGAUGAAGUUGAUAGAGAUACUGACGAGGAAGAAGAGUUCUUUUCACCAAGAGGGUCUUCUGGAAGGAAAGAGACUAGUCAUGAGAGUCCAGUUCGUGUUGAUUCAAGUUCUAGAAGAGAGAUUCAAGGAGAGGUUUUUGGGUCUAGAAGUUUUAAUUCAAGGACUGCUUCAUAUCCAGAAUCAAACUUUUGUUCUCCAUCAAAAUCUGUGUCCAGCAGUGUGUCUCCAGUAUCGAAUUCUAGCCUUAGAAGCGGAGAAUCUAAGUCUCCUGAAACUAUAAUCAGUUUUCCUGCUCCGGUUCAGUCCAUUAAGCGAUCCUCGCCACCCAUUUCUUCAUCAUCAUCAGGGAGAGAUUCAGGGGAGAUGCAGAGUUCUUUGGAGCGAAAUCUGGAUUUUUCGGGACAGAAUGAGCAGGUUCCAGUGAGGAUAGAGAGUGCUAGUAAACAAUUUGUGCCAGUAAAACUGCCACCACCGCCUCCACCACCUCCACCACCACGGUUUUGGGAGAUGCCAAUGGGGGUUAGAGUGACUCGGGAAAUGAAUUUGGGGAGUUCAGGGCCUCCAGUUCUCGUUACGCCUACAAGGUCUGUUUUAGUUCAAAAUCAUGCAAUGCCAGUUUUUGCCAAUGAGCAAAUGCAAAGCAAAGGUAGUGUUGAGAGGAAUGAGGAGAGUAUGAAACCAAAGUUGAAGCCUUUACAUUGGGAUAAAGUUAGAGCAAGCUCGGAUCGGGCUAUGGUGUGGGAUCAGAUAAAAUCUAGCUCUUUUCAGUUGAAUGAGGAAAUGAUUGAGACACUUUUUACGGUGAAUAAUUCAAAUUUUAACGUGAAGGAUCACAAUGGAAGGCGGCUAUCUCUUCCAUUGCUGAACCAGGAGAAUACAGUACUUGAUCCAAAGAAGUCCCAGAAUAUUGCAAUAUUGUUGAGGGCUCUUAAUGUGACCAUUGAAGAAGUCUGUGAAGCCCUUUUGGAAGGCAAUUCAGAUACUCUGGGAACAGAACUUCUUGAAAGUCUAUCAAAGAUGGCUCCGACUAAAGAAGAAGAAUGCAAACUAAAAGACUUCAAGGAUGAAUCACCGUUCAAGCUAGGCCCUGCUGAGAAAUUUCUCAAGGAAGUGCUUGAUGUUCCUUUUGCAUUCAAGAGGGUUGAUGCAAUGCUUUAUAUUGCGAGUUUUGAUUCAGAAAUUGAGUACCUGCGAAGGUCUUUUGAAACACUGGAGGCAGCUUGUGAGGAAUUGAAGAACAGCAGAAUGUUCUUGAAACUUCUAGAAGCAGUGCUCAAGACUGGGAACCGCAUGAAUGUUGGCACCAAUCGCGGCGAUGCCCAAGCCUUCAAGCUUGACACACUCCUGAAGCUUGUUGAUAUUAAAGGCACUGAUGGGAAAACCACACUCUUGCAUUUUGUUGUUCAGGAAAUCAUCAGGUCUGAAGGUUCUCGUCUUUGUGGUACAAACCAGGAUCAAACAGCUCAGAAAACUCAACAAUCAGCAUUCCAAGAUGAAGUUCAGUUUAGGAAGCUUGGUUUGCAAGUGGUUUCAGGUUUGAGUGGAGAGCUUACCAAUGUAAAGAAAUCCGCUGCAAUGGAUUCAGAUGUGCUUUGCAGUGAAGUUGCAAAACUUGCCGCUGGAAUGACAAAAAUUACAGAAGUUCUGAAACUAAAUGAAGAAAUUGUGUUGAAGGAGAGUAGCUGGAAGUUCUCAGAGUCCAUGAAUGGGUUCAUGAAGAAGGCAGAGGAAGAAAUUGUAAGGCUUCAAGCACAGGAAAAGGCUGCUCUCUCUCUGGUGAAGGAAAUAACUGAGUAUUUCCAUGGGAACUCGGCUAAGGUAGAAGCUCGCCCAUUCUGGAUUUUUAUGGUGGUGAGGGAUUUUAUUUCCAUUCUCGAUCAUGUAUGCAAAGAGGUUGGAAAGAUCAAUGAAAGAACCAUAUACAGUUCAGUCCGUCCCAUGCCUUUAAAUCCAACACUUGCACCAGUUUUUCCAGGACUUGUUGGAAGGCUUCACGAUGGUUCUUCUGACGAUGAAACUCCAUCAUCUUGAUAAGUCUAACUCCGGGUGAUUCUGUGGAAUCUCACUGGGAUGCUUACCUGAAAUUGGUGGUGCUGGCAGCAGGCUGUUUGAAUUGAGUUUCUGCAUCUAGCCAUUACCCUUUUUUAGGUUGGCCACAUGUUUUGUAUCUAAACAUAUGCUUUACAAGAUUUUGGAUUUGUCUACUUUGUAUGUAACAUACCGAAGGGAUUAUGUCAGGUAAUAAUGUAGUCAAGUCAGAAUAGUCGGAUCUAUCAUGUAAAUUAGAAGCUGAAAGCAUGGUCAAAUUUUUCA